AUGGCCGAGUGGGUAGCGCUCUCCUGUCAUCUGAAGUACAAGCAUAGGGAAGAUAUUGACGUUGUACGGGAGGAUGACAUAGCUGAGGUGACUUAUCAGAAUGGUGAGGAUAUUGGCCAAAGACGGGAGGAUGACAGAGCUGAGGUGACUUAUCAGAAUGGUGAGGAUAUUGACCAGGGACGGGAGGAUAACAGAGCUGAGGUGACUUACCAGAAUGGUGAGGAUAUUGACCAGGGACGGGAGGAUAAAAGAGCUGAGGGAUGGCAGGAUGACAGAGCUGAGGUGACUUACCAGAAUGGUGAGGAUAUUGACCAGGGACGGGAGGAUGACAGAGCUGAGGUGACUUACCAGAAUGGCGAGGAUAUUGACCAGGAACGGGGGGAUAACAGAGCUGAUAACAGAGCUGAGGUGACUUACCAGAAUGAUGAGGAUAUUGACUAG